CGUUAUUCGCGCUGGGAGAGAAAAAGUCACGCCUAUUACAUUUGAGGAAGUUAUCCAAGAGAAUUCUAUUGUUCUUGUCUCUUUUUUUGCUUGUAUAGUGGGCUUUAAAAGUGCUGACUUCGCCGCUGUCUUCUCCCCAACAGCCCCAACAUGAGACCCUAUAGGCAUUGCAUUCGAGCCUCUGCCAAUGUCAUAUUAUCGAUCGCACACCGUCGGAUGCUAUUGCCUAUAGCAUAUCCUGGAGAUCCAUUUCGCGCUUAUUGCUCUGGUCAACUACCUAGCAGCAAUGCGUCAAUUCACACAAUGCGCCUGAUGCCACUUGGAGGCUCGAUUACAUAUGGAGUUGAGUCCUCCGAUAAAAAUGGCUACAGAAAAUAUCUACAGGAUAUGCUUAUCGCAGACGGAAAUAAUGUUACCAUGGUUGGAUCGCGAAGCGCUGGUUCCAUGAGCAACAAUGAUCAUGAGGGUUGGCGGGGCUUUAGAAUUGAUCAGAUAGAGAGCAAAGCCAAGAACUCUGUUCAACAUCUCAUGCCGAAUCUUAUUACGAUCAAUGCAGGCUCCAAUGACUGCAUCCAAGAUUUCGAUAUUGAGCGUAUUGGUAAACGAAUGGGCAAUAUGCUUGAUGUUAUUUGGGCUGCAUCUCCAAAUUCAACUAUUAUUCUAUCUAAUCUGAUACUCAGCCUGGACACUGAGGUUGAGCCGCGCAUAAAAUGGGCCAACGAUCAAUUCCGGGGCAUAGCACUCUCGAAGCAGAGUGAAGGAAGAAGGAUCGUCUUUGCCGAUAUGCAUAGUCAAUGGGGACCAAAAGAAAUUGACAUAAGCGAUGGGACCCAUCCAAAUGAUCAAGGAUAUUAUAAAAUGGCCAAAAUCUGGUACAAGGGUGUUCUAGAAGCCAUAGCAAAAGGGUUUAUCUCUUAACCUGAUAGUAACUUAGAUGAUCUGGAUGUAUUGAACUAAAACUGUUUACUUUAUGGACCAAUUAUUGCAACUCAAGACUCGUUUUAUAGCAACGCAGAAUUCACUAUAGAGA